AUGGUGACGCCGGAUCCGGGAGGCAAGGGCAGAGAUCCUGAAGCGCAUCGCGGAGUCUCUGAGGAAGCCAGAGGUCAAGGAGAUUUGGGUGUUUGUGCAGACACCUUUGACUACUACGCAGAGAUGGCUCCGAAGAUUAUGAAGACGAGCCACCCUUCAACUGGUACAGCCGAAUUCUAUGCGAGGAUAGAGAGUGAGCCCCUGGGUGUCAUUGGGUGUAUCACUCCCUGGAACUUUCCUUUGAUGCAGGCUGUGCUCAAGGUGGCACCAGCCUUGGCUGCCGGCUGCAGCGUGGUGCUGAAGCCAUCGCCCCUGGCGUCCUUGACGUGUUGCGCCUUGGGGGAGUUGGUGGCAGCAGCUGGUGCACCACCAGGAGCUUUGAAUGUCAUCACCGGCGGCCCACCAGAAGCCUUGGAAGGUGGAGGCAGUUCAGGGCAGUAUCUCAUUGAUCAUCACAUGUUGGACAAGGUCUCCUUCACAGGAAGCGGAACGGCUGGCCAGAAGAUGCUUGAGGCGUCUGCAUCCAAACUGCGCCCAACUUGCUUGGAGCUGGGUGGAAAGUCUGCCUUCAUCAUUUUUGAUGCACAGCUCUCGGAUAUCUCAGAUGGUUUUAGUGCGCAUAGGCCAAGCAAAGAUGGAGACGGUCUCCAUGCGAUGCCAUUGGUCCAUUGGACUCUCUUUGAACCCACGAUUCAAAACAAGCAGAUGCAUUGGGAAUCGGUUGAUUCUGGAGGAUCCACCAUCCCAGCUGAGGAUGUGGCAGACUCUUUGGACUCGGUGGUUGACUGGGUCCGAGCCCGGCUCUGCUGUGGGCUGGGGCAGAUCGAAGCAGCAAACGCUGCGAGGCUCAGCUACCAGCCGCGUGCUGGUACAUGA